AUGGAAAUUAAUCUCAAAGUUCUUGAAGGCCAAGACAGCCCACCCCAACUUUUAGCUUCAAAUAACCCUAAUUCAAACCCUUAUGUUCAGAGGAAUAUGAAAGCACAUUACAUUUCUGAAGUUAGAAUUGUCCACCUCCUAAUUCUAAUGGUUACAUUUUGGGCAGUCUUGUGCUUGCCUUUUUUUUUCACCUCCAUGUCCUUGGUUCCUCAGACUCUAAGUUUCCAACACAACUCUCUUUUCCUUUCUAAUUUUAACAUCUCAAACACAACCAUCGGGGCUGACUGGGAUAAGACCCUUCAAAUAGAGAACCCCAACUCGGUCACAAAGAUUCACUUCAACAUCAUAAAUGGCUCGAUUUCGUACAAAGACAACUCUCUUGCAAUGUACUCGAUAAAGCCAUUUGAGUUGGGAUAUAGGGAGCACAGAACAGUCCACUUGAAGAUAUCAAAAUAUCAGACAAUGGAAAAGAAUGGAUGGGUUUCGGAUGAGAUCAAUAUGCAACGAGAUGAGAAUGGAGCUGUUAAUUUCAGCCUCACAAUGUUUGUUUCAGCUACAUAUACAACUGGCUGGUGGGGAAUCAAAAAGUUUGUAUCGAACCCUUAG